AUCUCCAUCUCCAUCUCCAUCUCCAUCUCCAGCUCCAGCGCUAGCUACGACCUCACCUCCCUCCCUUCGCCAUGCAGCGAGCGGCCUACGCCCAGUCGCCCCCCCUUCACCACCCAGUCCCCCAGCAUGUGUCGACCGUGCCCCAACUAAGGUCCCCGCCGCCUCCCCCGGGCUCCGCGCAGUCCCAGCAGCAAGGUUAUGGGGGCACGCCGUACCAGCAGCAAGGCGGCAGCGCUGGCAAUGUGUUUGGCGCGUACGGGCAGUUCAUGAACGACCCCACGGCGCAGGUGGCGGCGCAGUUUGGACAAACCGCUUUCAAGCAUGGUCAGGAAUACGUCGAACAGAACUUUGGUCGAUAUGUCAACGUCUCGGCGCUCAAGCACUACUUCAACGUCUCGAACUCGUACGUCGCCAACAAGCUGUUUCUGGUUCUUUUCCCCUGGAGGCAUAAGCCGUGGUCGCGCAAGCAAGCCGUUGGCGCGAAUGGCCAGGAGGGUUGGUAUCUACCCCCGCGGGACGACGUCAACAGUCCCGACAUGUACAUUCCAGUCAUGGCUUUGGUGACCUAUAUCCUCCUCUCUACCCUCAUCGCCGGUCUGAGAGGCCAGUUCCAGCCCGAGCUCCUCGGCUACACUGCCACGACCGGUAUGCUCAUCGUCAUCGUUGAGAUAUUCGCGCUUAAGCUGGGAUGCUACCUCCUUAGCAUCUCCAGCCAGUCACAACUCCUCGAUUUGAUCGCAUACUCGGGAUACAAAUUCGUCGGCAUCAUCGUGACGAUUGUGGUUGCCGAGAUCUUCAGCGGUGGCAAGGGCACCGGUGGCUGGGUGGGCUGGCUCAUCUUUCUUUACACCUUCCUGGCCAACGCGCUCUUCUUGAUGCGGUCUCUCAAGUAUGUUCUCCUGCCCGAAACCUCGGACAGCAGCGGAGGUCCUAUGCAGACGGAGACACGAGCGAAGCGCAACCAGCGAACCCAGUUCCUCUUCUUCUAUUCGUACAUUGUGCAGCUCUUCUUCAUGUGGGCCAUGAUCCAGUCCGCCGCGCUGGGCGGAAUCGCCAACGUGCUGGCGCAGGUCAUCUCGGCGUACAGAACUGGGACUGAAGUGUCGAUCGACUGGGUGCCCGUGUUCCAGUUUCUGCUGUUCAACUUGCUGAGCACGCCGCCCAACUUUGUCUGGCAAGAGUUCCUAGAAUCCACAUUCCCCGCCUAUCCUGCUCCCCCUCACCCAAAAAAGUCCGACGACCCUCCGCCGCCGCCAAAGCUUUCCGUCCGCAACACCGCCAUCAAGCUGGUCCUCGACCAGACCGUCGGCGCCAUCCUCAACACCCUGCUCUUCAGCAACUACGUCCACGCCUUGCGCGCCGCUCUUCACCCUGCGCCCCGCAUCACCAGCCUCUUCAAGGCCAUUACCUUCUGGACUAGCCCUGGCACCGUCGACCUCACCCGCGUCAACUGGGACGCCGUCUGGGCCGCCUCGCUCGACGAGUUCUGGCCCAUCCUCGUGGCUGGAUGGAAACUCUGGCCUGCUGUUAGCCUAGUCAACUUUUCUGCCGUCAAGACGGUCCAGGGCCGGAACCUGGUUGGUUCUCUAGCCGGCGUGGUUUGGGGUAUCUACAUGAGCAUGAUUUCGGCACAAUAGGUCUUCAACUCUUGGCUAUAGAGCCCGCACUUGAUAUUUGUGUGUGAAGCAGAUGUAGAGUAGACUCUCCAGGGCUAUUAUAUGUACACUCCUGGCUCGCAACAUGUUGCGUAAUAGAUGCCACGACAGACAGUUGACAUGCGAGUGUACAGAGACUCUUGUCAGCUCUUAUAGCAACAGGUCGUAAAUCGGAGCAGGACAUGGAGGAAAUGAGCACACCAAUAGGAAGAAACUUUAGAAUGUAAGAAAAAAAGCUC